AUGGCGAGGAAAAUAGUAACAGUUGUUGGUGCUACUGGUGUCCAAGGAGGAUCUAUUAUUGAUGCACUCCUCAACGAUGAUAGAUAUCACAUCCGUGCCGUCACCAGGAAUGUCGAAAGCCAACCGGCCAAAGCUCUUACCGCUAGAGGCGUUGAAGUUGUUCAGGCUACAACGGAUGAUGCCUUGUCUUUGACUGAUGCAUUCGAAGGAUCAGCAAUUAUAUUCGGCGUAACCGAUUUCUUUGGUCUUUUUGCUUCACAUGGCGCUUUUGAGGCUAUGGAGAUUGAGUCUCGCCAAGCCCUCAACCUCGCAAAAGCGGCCGCCGCAACGCGAACUCUCGAACACUAUGUUUGGUCAACCCUGCCUGAUGCAAAAACUCAAAGUUCAGGACAGUUUUUAGUUCCUCAUUUCGAAAGCAAGAAUAUCGCCGAUCGCUUUAUUUUGUCGCAGCCAGAGUUACUUGCUAAAACUACCCCUCUUUUCAACAUUGAGAGAAACCCUUUCUUGCAUACUAUGCUGAAAAACCUUCUGUACAACCAUUUCUGCGCAGGAGAAAAUGCCAGCGAAGUCAAAGCCACGAUCAACAACAUAAAGAAUAUGGGAUUCCGCGGCGUAAUUUUGACUUACGCUAAGGAAACCUCAGGAAAGUCUUCUAGUGAGAAGGAUUCGCUUAAUGACGAGUCACAAGGUGUUGACAAUGAAAUUAUGGCUUGGCAUCAAGGUGUAUUACAAACCAUCAGGAUGAUCGGCGACGGCGACUUUUUAGCACUAAAAUUAACUGGAGCGGGGGAAGCAGUAACCACUGCUCUUUCUUCUGGAAAACCUCUUCCUGAACAGAUGGAGAGCGCUCUGCUCGAUGUCUGCAAUGAAGCGAUUAGUCGCCAUGUAAACGUGUUUGUGGAUGCAGAGCAGCACCACGUUCAGCCGGGCAUAGACAAAGUUGCUUUAAAUCUGAUGCGCCGUUAUAACCGAAGUGGCGUAGCUGUCGUAUUCAACACCUACCAAGGCUAUUUAAAGUCAACGCCACGAAUCCUUCUUGAUCAUUUGCAUAAGGCGAGGGAAGAAGAAUUCGUUAUGGGCAUCAAAUUGGUCCGCGGCGCUUAUAUGAGCACGGAGCCUCGUCAUCUCAUACACAAUACAAAAGAAGAGACAGACAUAUCUUACGACAGUAUUGCCGAGGGACUUAUUCGAGGUCAAUAUGCGGAUUGGACACAAGACGAGGCCUUCAAUUCUCCGAAACUAGAGCUAUUUCUUGCAACUCAUAACCUCCCAAGUACUCUCAAGGCACAGAAGCUGCAAAACUCCCGAAUGCAUGCCCAAUUGCCUCUCAUUCGAAUUCAAUAUGGUCAAUUACUGGGAAUGGCAGAUGAAGUAAGCUUGACACUGCUUCAAACGAACAGGGAAGAUACCUCAGGCAAGCGAUUCGCGGCUACUGAAGUAUACAAAUGCCUUACAUGGGGGGCUCACCGGGCUCAUAUUGCAUUGAAUGAGCUGAAGUUGCCAUUUGAAGAAGAAAUCAUUGACCUGAGCACUCCUCGUACACCAGAAUACCUGGCUGUCAAUCCCCGCGGUCUUGUUCCUAGCCUUUCGUAUAACGGCCAGAUCAUUACCGAAUCUGGGAUUGUCGCCCAAUUUCUCGCUGAUGCUCAUCCAUCGCAUUUGGUCCCCACUGGUGGCACGCCAGAAGCAGCUCUUGCUCGCGCCCGAAUCAAUUUCUUUGUCGACAUAUAUUUCACCAAGGCAAACUCUCAAUACCACAAAGCUCUCUUUGCCAAAACAAAUGAAGAGGCUGAAGCGGCCGCCCAGGAAUUUGUCAAGCAGCUUGAGAAAGAAGUUGAACCUCUGUUGAGUGACGCGGCUCCGUAUUUUGGAGGCAGCAAAACAUUGACACUAGCCGAAGUCCUUACUGGCUCGUUUAUUCUGAGACUACUGGCUCUGCCGAAGAACGGCGUUGGACCAGAGAGCUUGAUCAAAGACUUGCCUACUAAAACUCCCAACUUUUAUAAGUGGGCUACCGCCGUAAUUGAGCAUCCCAGCGUGAACAGUAUCUGGAAUGAGGAAAAUGUGGUAUCCAGGACCAAGGCCUUCCUUGAGAAACAGAAGGCUUAA